AUGCAACCACAGUCGAACGCGAUGAACGCGGGGAGAGGGACCGGCGCGAGAGGGAACGUGGGGAGAGGGACCGGUGCGAGAGGGAACGCGGGUAGAGGGACCGGUUCGAGAGGGAACGCGGGUAGAGGGAACGCGGGGGGUGGGACCGCGGGGAGGGGGGCCGGCGCGAGAGAGAACGCGGGUAGAGGGAACGCGGGGGGUGGGACCGCGGGGAGAGGGAAAGGUGCGAGAGGACACGGUGGGAGAGGUGCCCGGGGAAGAGGGGCCAGUGGGAGAGGGGCCGGUGGGAGUGCUAACGGGGGCAGCGCUCCUGGUGGGACUGGAACCGGCGUGCGAAGGAACGGUAGUAACGCGAACGGCGGUUCCGCGAACCAGCCCGUUCAUAGGCCGCGUAUUAGGAGGCGGAGAGUUGAUGUAGUGCCGCACACCGAGCGCAACGGAACCGGGGAGGGGGGCGGGGGGCCGAGCGACGUGGACGACGACGACGAUGAUGAUGACAGCGACAGCGGCGACGGGUGGAAUGACGAUGACGAGAACUACCUAGCUAACUCGUUGUCCGCGCUCCAUGAAGAGGAGGCGGAAGACAGGGAACGGGUGAUGGGAACGCUGACGGACAACGAGGUCCCGAUCGCGGAUUGGAACCGGCUAGGUGUGGACGACACACCUGCCGCGAAAAGAGAGAUGUGCAUGGGAAUCCUCUACGGUCUCUCCGAGGCCACGCUGAAAAAGUGUCGCGGUUGGGCGAACGAGUACAAGCGGUUCAUGGCGCACGAGCUGCCGAAACUGGACGAGGGUAGGUUCGGGGAGGAGGCCGCGUUGAAAAACGCGAACCCAGACGAGAUCGGGGCCGCGCUCGAACAGAACAUGGGUGGUAGUUGGAAGAUGGCGAGGGGCGACGAGCAGUGGUUCCACGGCCCUGAAACGAAUCCGUGGCGCUUACGCAAAUACGUGACCUUCCUCGCGAACGAGACGGUCGCACAGGCGGACAGGAUGGCAACACUCAAACGGCCCGACAAAACAUUGAAGAAGAGACGCCAGUGCACCCCUGCAAUGCUGAUGGGGCGUCUCAAGGCUCUGAACCUGCUCAUCAAGCUGGAUGGGGCCAUCUUCCGGAAACCCGUUCUGAACCUGCUGCGCGACUUUGCGGAGUGUCGCACCUGGGUCCGCGUUCAAGUACGCGACCAGUACAAGCGGUUUAUCUCGACGGGCAAGACAAACAAGGAUUUCUCGCUCAACUACAUCUCAGCAGUGAGACACAUAGAUUGGACGCUGUGCGCGGUCGGAGCCACGCUGCUGUGGCUGCACUGGGUGUAUGACUUGGUUCCCCACCUCUACGGGGACAUAGCCCCCCCUCUUGACUUCACGGAACCCUCGACGUGGUACGACCAGUACCUCUUCUUCCCCCUGCGCGCAGGCACCGAGAAGCAAAUACCGCCAACGACUCAUCACGACUGGGCGGCGAAGAUCCUGGAUGACGCGGGAAUUACUUGCUCGCGUGUGGUUCACGCGACCAGGGCUGGUGGGGCGCAGCACGCGUCCGCGGACGGAAUGCCCUCGGAUCAGCUGGCGAGACUGGGCGGUUGGCGCUUCAUCGACGUGAUGACUAAGCACUACCUCACAACUAUUCCGAGGGAGGCCGUGCUGCUGAAGGCUGGCUUCACAGGGGUUGACGGUGACUACUUCCUGGGUCGCGCAACUGUUCCGGUGAGCGAGGAGCUGGAUAAACUACUGAGGAAGCACAUUUUUCCCUGGGCCGCCCCGGACAAAGGACAGAAACAGUGCAAGGAUUACAACCGGAAGAUGGUCAAAGAGGACAAGGCGGAGAAACAGGACACCGCGGGUCUAAACAUACUGAAGGAGCUGGAUGGGGGGGCUAGGAUGGCGGUCGCGCAAGACCUGGCCAUGUACUACAUUCACCAGCCGCGACACCCGUAUGUGGUCAACAACCCGCUCUGCCAGACGGAGGAAUUUGCGCGCACAGGGCCGACCGCGGAUCCGAGUCCGGCAAACACUCCUGGAGCCGCAGCCGCGCCUACCAAUGCCACCACUCCCACCGACCAGGGGACGCGGAAGAAACCCGCACCGCCGACCAGGGAACAGACUAUUCGGAACGCGAUCGUGCUCCCAGGGGUCAACGCGUCCAAGCCGUCAGACGGAUGGAAGCUGUACAAGACCACGCACCCGCUGAUCCGCGAGAGUCCAGAAUCGCUUUUGGCCCAGCCCCGCGGCGCAGUUACACGAUUGGUCGCGCUCAUUGGGGAGGAGGGAGGCGGCCAGAACGCGAUAAACCGUGUCAAGCGACUCAUGAACUUCAUCGCCCACAGGGUGGAGCAAGGAGACAACAUCGCGGUAGUGCUCGACAAGCUCGACCUCGUGUCAGCUGCUGUGGGCAUGUUGGGUGUAUCGGAAGGGAUCGCGGUAAAGAAGAAGAGUGUUGACUUGGACCUGAGCCAGCUCAAGAAGGGUACUCUGGUGGAGGUGCAGUUGCGUGUGAAAUGGAUGCUUGUACGCGACCGCCUCGUCGAUGCCUCGCUUCCCGCGUCUGAGUUCACGGUCGCGUGGCCUCAGUACUGUGCACAGAUGCCACCGCUAGAAUAA